UAGCAUGGGAGAGCAGCCAGACAAUGUGUCUGAAAGUGCAAAUGAAGAAACCACCUCACCGGCAGCAAUCAGUGUGGAUACAAUGGAAAGGCUGAAGACAUGUCCUGGGUUUGUUGAAGUUGACCCAAGGUUAUUGCAAGUUUUUGCUGACUCAAUAACCAUGAACAAUGAUGUUGGUUAUUUCCUGAAGGAUAUAGCUUGCCAGACUGAGGAGAGUUCAAUUACAGAUUUGAAUGACAUGAUCAAGAUCAUCCAGAAUCUGCUCAAAGAGAUAACUGUUGUCAAGCGCAACUUGCUAUUUGCGAAACAGCUACUACAUGCAGAUUAUGAUGCAAAAGUUGGAGGUCGGGCAAUGGAUCUAUACUGUUCAAUCAAUGAUAGAUUAGCUGAGCUGGAAAAAUUGUAUGAGGAAAGGAUGAGAGUAGCUAGAAGAUCUUACAAAACUCAGAUGGCAGAUGCAUGUAAGAAGAUCGCAGGUGACUAUAAACGUUACUACAUGAAGAUGCUAGAGUUAGAAACAGGUCAGAGUGGGUCUGUGCUGCAAGAGCUCAGAGACACUAUCUCAAAACAAGGAAAGAUGUUGAAGCUGCAGGAACAGAAUAUGUCAGCCCUGCGAACCCAGCUUCUUGAGGCAGAAAAUAGGGUCCUGGAUGAACAUUUCUCAGUAGAGGACAGUGAGGCCAGCCUCAAGGCUGAGACUCCUCCACCUCCUCCUGAGCCUGACUUUCUUACCAACGCUAUUGAUCCUGAUGAGCAUAAAAAGGUUGUUGAAGAAAAAGAAAAGUUAGAAAAACGAUGCUCUAGACUAGCUGAUGAGGUGACUGAUGUGCAGAGCAAACACAAGAGAAUUGAAGCCAGGCUGAAACUUGUCAGAACUGAAGCAGAGGAAGAGAAAACAGCUUUAGAGCAUGAAAUCAAAGGGCUGAAAGAAGAAACUAAUACUUUGAAAGAUGAGAAUGAGAAAUUGGUGCUGAAGAGCCAGCAAGUGAAGAAGGUGGCCUUUGUGGACAGUUCUGCGUCCCCCACUCCUCCUGUCUCGCCUGCUCCAGUAGUACCAGUAGUACAGGGCAACACUGCAACUUCUGCUGAGAUCGAAGCCCGCAUUAAAGAUGAGGUCCAGAAAGCUCGAACCGAAAUGAUGAUAAAAUUCAAGAAGGAAAACGAGCUCAUUGCUGCACAAAGCAAAGAUAGCCUCAAGGCAGAGCAAGAGAAACGACAGUAUGCAGAGCGUCUUCUUCAGUCCCAACAGGAUCUCAGUUCUCGGGAUAGUGGCAAACUUGCCCUCAGACAUUUACAGCAACUCGAGGAAGAGCAGAGAACGGAAAUAGCUCGGCUAAACAAGGAGCUGGACCGUACUACCUGUAUCUACGAGAAGAAACUGUCAGUCCUGCACAGCACUAUGAUAAACCUGAAGAAUGAAGUGUUCAUGAGGAAUUUGCUGCACCGCCAAGCUGCGCAGCUCCACCACGCAACUCUAUCAUACGCGUCAGAUUCGCCCGCAAUGACUGCGUACCUCGCACCUCACGAACACAGUCACAAGAAGUUUCCAGAGAGACUGGCUCCUUUUAAGUCUCAUCCUCGUCCUCCAACCGCUUUCACAGAGUCCUCUCAGGAAGGCAGCGAUGAUAAGCACAUCAGCACAUUCCUAACGGAGCACGCGACGGAUGAGACUCGUAGCGACAAUACUCUCAACAUAUCCACUAUCGUCAAGUAGAGUCUCCAGAAGGAGGGAGACUUUAACAGAGUUUUAGAGGCACACUGAACUGGAGUCAGUGCGUUAUUGGGUGACAUUUAAAUGUGGUAAAAUACUUGGGUUUCAAAGUGUUCAGGGUUGUGAUUAUUAAUGGGUGUAAUAUCAACACGAGAUAUUAUGUGCUAUUUAUUUACCGUCACAGAAUGGUGAUUAAUUAAGUUAAGUUAAUUAAGUUCUAUAUUAAAACUGUUUAUGUCUGAGAAUAUCAGAGAUUUACACCGCGGCACACUGUAAAUAUGAGUUUACUUAGAACACAAUAUGAUAUAUCUGUCCUUGUCGAUCAGCCACAAUUUUUGCAAAACAUUAGCUUUAUUUUCACAAGCAAUUUUUAAAUUAUCUCAUAUUUUUUGUUUUCUCUUAUUUGCAGGGAUGUAGAAUUUUGUACAUAAUUGUCAGAUACAUCACAAAGUAGAGUCAGAUUUUAGACUUGUAUAUACACAACAUUGUAAAAACGAUUUCAUAAUUCAUGUUUAUCUACCAU